AUGCCGAGGCAGCAGCAGCAGCAGCAGCAGCAGCAGCGAGCACCUGAUGGCGGCGACCACAGCAGCAGCGACCACUGGGAACCAGAGACCUGGCAGCUGAGGCUGCAUCAGCAGAAGUACAAACGAUUGGGAUGUGGUGUAUGGGAGGGCGAGGCAGUAGCAGCAGCAGCAGCAGCAGCAGCAGCUAGCACUGGGAGCCAGAGAACUGGAUGGCUGAGGCAGCAGCAGGAGAAGCACCGACAACUGGGAUGCAGUGACCGGGAGUCCGAGGCAACAGCAGCAGCGAGCAUUGGGAACUGGAGGCCUGGCGGCUUUGGCAGCAGACGCACUGACGACUGGGAUGCGCUGAGGCAGCAGCAGCAGAAGCACCGACGAGUGGGAUGCGGCAACCAGGAGGCAGAGGCAGCAAAAGCAGUGAGCCGUGGGAGGCGGAGACCAGGUGGCAGUGGCAGCAGCAGCAGAAGCACCGACGACUGGGAUGCGGCGACCAGGAUUCCGAUGCAGCAGCAGCAGCAGCAGCAGCAACGAGCCCGGAGAGGUAGAGACCAGGUGGCAGACGCAGCAGCAUCAGAAGCACCGGCGACUGGGAUGCAGCGACCGGGAGGCCGAGUCAGCAGCAGCAGCUGGCACUGGGAAUGGGAGACCUGGCGGCUGAGGCUGCAGCAUCAGAAGCACCGACGACUGGGAUGUGGCGAUUGGGAGGCCGAGGCAGCAGCAGCAGCACCAGCAAGGCAGCAGCAGCAGCGAUCACUGGGAACCGGAGACCUGACAGCUGAGGUAGUUGCAGCAGAAGAACUGACGUCUGGGAUGCGGUGA